GGAGGCCGGCUGGUGGCGGCACUGGAGAAUGCGGGCUGCGGGGGUCACGGUCUCCGAGGAGCGCUGGGCAGGUGAUGCUUUUGUGAACCGCAGCUUUAAAUAUUCAAGCCAACUGCUCCUCUCGAGAAUAUUUGUAUUCAUAUUCAUAAGUGUAUUUUUUCAAGAUGAGUCAUAGUAAAUUAAUUCCCAAGCUCUCAAUUCGGUCUCCUGUCCACCACACCAGCUUAAAAGUCCAGUCCACAGAGCCACCUUUUAAGAAAGACUUACACCCGAUUUCAAAAGACUCCUUGGAAUCCGAUUCAGAAAGCUUCACUCAAGAGAGCAAGUCCCAGUCUGGACUUGGAAAUCCAAUCCAGGACAAUAUGGAGCCUGACAGCCUGGAGGAGGAAAGCCCUCAACCGGAAAGCCUGAGUGAGACAGAAGAGGAAGGAAGCAGAAAAACAGCCCAGAAGGACGGCAAGGAAAACCUCCACACCCACAACGAUGGCAUAUACUCCAGCCAACAGCCGGUAGAGGAUAAAUAUUCAGACCUGCGAUACGACCCAAACUGGAAGAGUAAGAAAGAGGAGAGGAAGUUCUUGACUGUGGAAGGACUGCCAGAGUCUGUAGACAGCUCGACUGAAAAUCUGACUUCAGAUCCACUGUACCCCUCCAAGGAGACGUCCAUGGAACUCCCUGGGGGAAAGGCGGAACAGAAGAGGAGCCCACAGAGCGUUGCCUCCUUACUUGGGAGUGAAUUUUUAAGCCCGAACUAUGAGCGCGGCACCCAUCACAGCCAGCCAUCUUCGGAGCUGAGCGACCGUGAUCUGGAGAAGUCCAGCAAGCUCUCUCGGUGCUUGAAGAGUUCAAGUUCACAUAAUGAGGUUUCUCUGCCAGGAUCACGUGGCCGGCGGCGAAGGAAGUCCAAACAAUAUUUUGUGGAAAAAAACAAGCUGACUCUGGGAUUACCUACUCCUAAAACGGACUCGUAUCUUCAGCUUCACAAUAAAAAAAGGGGGGACGUUCUCUCAGAACAGAUCUCCUACUCCAUCAGUGUAACUGACAAGACGUCCAUUCAGAAUGCCAAAGAGACUGAAAACGCUGCCAUUGAUCCUGUAGACAAAUGGCAUCAAAGAGCCCAACAGUUAAAGAAUCACCAAGAACACUGGUCUCAAUGUGAAAGUGCAAAAUCAAACAACCUACUGAGACGUCAAUCUUCUGAAACCACCAACGGUCAGCAGCCUUCCAGAAAACCAGCCAAGCGCCGCAUCCGGAAACAGCAUCAACGCCAGCGUGGCCUGAAGUCUUUGGUGACUGAGGAGCUGGCUGUCUGUCAGGGAAACCAGGAUAGCACUCCCAGACAGCAACCAAACGAGAAUAAGCCCACUGAUCCUUCAAUAAAGCACGAAACAACUGUAAUUACGAAUGCCCCGAAUGAUGAUUUACAAGACUCAAGUGCACUUAGGAGCCGGGAUCCCAAAGUAACCUCCAACAAACUUGGCCCAGCACAGCAGGCUUCUGAUAAGGCAUCGUAUAACAACUCUACUGGGUAUCAGUCAGUGACGGAUGUUCACACAAGAGGACACGAAGGCCAAGACGAGAAAAGACCGUCACACCAGCAGCCACACAUCCACACUCUUUCCAAUGUGGGCUUGAACCACCUAAACGAGCUUAGUAAGAGACAAGUGCCCCUGAGCCAGAAAGGCUCACAGUCUGUUCCUACAGUAAAUGUUAAUGGAUCAACCACAAAUAAGAAGCAACCCAAGCAGAUUUACACAGAGACGAAAUAUAAGAACUUAGAAAUAUUAUGGAAAUUCCAUUCUCCCUCUGACAGCCAGCCUGUCAGAGCUUCUCCGGACUCCCAGCUCGCUCAGAUCAUGGAGCACCAUCAGCAGGCCUUAAAGCAGCUGACGGAGGUGCAGCCUAACGAAGGGGCCUCGCCCAGCGUCACAUUUCCACCUAUCUUGUCCAGGGUAGAAAGCGAAUCCCAACUCAGCGCGGAGACAAGCCAAAGAAACCAAGUGAAAGUGGGUCGGAGCAACUCCGAAGGCUAUCUGUUUCAGCUGGAAAAAGGAAAAAAGCACAGGAAAAGCAGCAGCACCAAGAGUGCCAAGCUGAAAGGUUAUCAGAAAAGAGACGUGAAGCUUGGAGGCCUUGGACCUGACCUUGAGUCCAUCAGAGACAAAAUGCAGAAAUUAAUCCAAAAAAAGGAAUACGCCAGACAAGUUCAGGAGUAUAACACGAAGACGCUAUCCCUCCUGCCGAAACCACAAACAGCAAAAACCAAAAGUAAAUCGGCCAUCCCUCGGCAGAAGGCUUUGGAAUAUGCUAAGACCAUCCCCAAACCCAAACCUUCCAAUCUGACUGAUCGAGCAUCGAAGGAGAAGAAAAAUCCAACCUAUGCUCGAAAGGAAGACACUCUGCCUGAAAUCUCCCUGCUGGAAAUACUGCAGAAUAGACACGAAAGGGAAAAACAGGCUGUGGCCGCUUUCAAAGCCCUUCACAUUGUGUAGACAACACAUGUAUCAGAGACCAAAAAUGCCCGGGGACUGGACACGGAGGAAGAGGGCCAACCAACCUCCCUGCAUGGGGAGGGAGGACCCAAUGUCCUCCAGCUGCGGUCCAUGUUCGCUUUGUGCAGAAUUUAAAAUAUGGAGCCGUACCACAUCACGGUGCCACAUUUUAGGUUCUACAAAGAAUGUUUUCUUCAUUAUUUAUUUUCAAAUCAGAAUUCUGAACUCAUUCCAUUUGAAUAAGAACUAGGGAAUAAAGGCUUUUAGUUGUAGAUUGGAUUUUUUGCUUCCUUAAACAAUCUCUACCCAUCCUUGCAUAAAUGAAAACCUUGAAGUUGCCCAGUAAUAAAUGUAUCUACUAUGCUGCUCUCUUACCCUCCAGAUAAGAAAAAGGUAUGAAUGCUUCAGUUUCAACUAAAAUGAACUUAAACUGGACUAACUAACUGCCAGUACAUCAGA